AUGACUCGGGGCAAGCUUUCAAAACCGGCUACUAACCAUUGUCUAUCUCUUUGGCUACAUUUGCUCUUUGUUAAUAACAAAUGUUUGUUGUCAGGCGCAUGCGACGUGGCGGGCGGGGCGGGGUCAGUGAACUCGCUGCCGGGCGGGGGCAGCGCGCGCCUGGCGCCCUCCUUCGACGUGGCCACGCCGCGCAACGUCACCGCGCUCGUCGGCAAAUCCGCCUACCUCAGCUGCCGCGUGCGCAACCUCGGCAACAGAACGGUGUCGUGGAUCCGGCACCGCGACCUGCACAUCCUGACGGUGGGCGGCUACACGUACACGUCGGACCAGCGCUUCCAGGCGACGCACUCGCCGCAGACGGACGACUGGACGCUGCAGGUGAAGUGGGCGCAGCAGAGAGACGCAGGCGUCUACGAGUGCCAGGUCUCCACGCAGCCCGUGCGCUCCUUCUUCGUCACGCUGCACGUCGUUGAUUGUGACGAGAUUUAUCAGAGGAUGUUUUCCGACGCAGUGCCGUCGGCGCGCAUCCUGGGCGGGCCGGAUCUGCACGUCGACAUCGGCUCCACUAUCAACCUCACCUGCCUCAUACAGUUCAGCCCCGAGCCGCCCGCGUACAUAUUCUGGUACCACGAGGACGAGGUGAGCGGACGCAAACAGGUGAUAUCGUACGACUCAUCGCGCGGAGGCGUGUCCGUGGUGACGGAAAAGGGCGCGGCCACGACGUCGUACCUGCUGGUGCAGGACGCCGCGCCUGCAGACUCCGGCCGCUACUCCUGCUCGCCCUCCAAUGCCGAGGUCGCCUCCGUCAGGGUCCACGUGCUCAACGGCGAGCGGCCGGCGGCGAUGCAGACGGGCUCGGCGGGCCUGUCGGACAGCUGGGGCUGCCUGGCGGCGCUGCUGCUGGCGGCGGCACUGCACGCCCGCAUGCUGCGCGCCGCGCUCGCUAGCUGAUCGCGCGCCCGCCCCGCACCGCUCCGCACCGCCCCUUUCAACGUUAUCGUCUCGUAACUAAGUUACUAGAAACGAAAACUUAUUUAAUUCUAAGUUAUAAGUACCUUAAUAAUUUCGAAUAGAGAUUUUACAAUAGUCGUAAGGUUUUUAUGAAACGAUCACUAGUGGGUAGCGUUCGACGACAACGUAGCCAAUGACCCGAGCUUCUCGAACGAUGAUGGAUUUGACGAGUAGCUACAACGCUACUUUUUUAUAAGCACAUUUGAUUUGUAACAUUGUAAAACAUUUCAAAAAUCAUAAAAUUAUGGCAAAAACUGUAAUAUUGAUUUAAACGCCUACAAAUUUUAUUUAACGUUAUCUUGCAACUUGUAUUAUCUAGGUGAAGUUCCUGAUACUACUGCUCGGUGACAAUUUGAACUUUGUUGUCCGGCAAUACGGACGGUAAUUCUUAGGAACGUCUCGGGUCCUACUUAUGUAUAAAUAAUGUCAUUCGUUGCUCGCGGCGACUGUAAAUAUAUACUGAGGGAGGGAAUAAUGUAAUUAAGUUAAUAAUUAAUGUAAGUAAAUUAAACAUUGUUAAAAGAAGAAAGCCGCAUCGCCGACAGCGACCGCGGCGGCUGCGAUAUAAGUCAUAGUUAAACUAUAAGCACUAAUAACAAGUUAAGUCUGUCGAUGUGUUUGUCUUGAGUCAGCAAUACUUGUGUUGUGGUAAGAUUCACAAUAAUGUAUUGAGAAGGCAAUUGUACACGUAAUGAGAUUAAGUUCUUUUUCAGUAUUUGUUACACAAAAACUGUGAUUGACAUCUGAAAUAAAGUAAAGGGCUAUUUAAUAUUUUGAAUUGUUGUCUUAUAAUUAAAUGUUUUAAUAGUCAAACACGAGAGGACGGGGACGUUUUAUUUUUUUAUUUAACUACUUAGAAUUUGUUAAUAAAUAGCAAUCUUUCAAAUACAUAAUUGAAUAGGUACGUCCUCAGUGUUUUACUAUUAUUUAUAAGAAUGUUGCCGUUGUUUUUAAGAAAUUACGAAAUAUUGAAUAUUUAGUUGAAUUCUUAUGUACACUGUGUUAGACUAAGUUCUUGUAAAUUCUGCGACUCGUGCAAGUGUCUUGUUCACUUCUAUAAACAAUAACAACUUUGUGUUACGUUUCAUCGAAGAUGGUUCAUUAAUUACUAUAUGUAUUUGCAUAGAUUCAUACUCUUUACAUACCCGAGUCACAAAAAUGAGGCCUGAAAGGUUUCAUUUACAAUACAAAAUGGUAUUUCAAAAAUCAACUAUCCAUUGGUCGUCAAACUGUUAUGAAAUACUUUAUCUAUAGAUUAUGUAUCUAUGCAUGUAUAAAUUUAAAAAAUACACACAAUUUUUAAUUUUUCUUGAUGCUAUAAAAUACUUAUAAUGAAUGUUGAAUGUUUUGUGUUGUAAACAGAUUUAGUUAUAAAAAAAUGUCAGACAAAGUCGUGUGGUACUCGGCGAUAGUACAAUGUGAUUAGGAGACUGCCAGGGAUCAGCGGAAUUGUUGUUUUCGAUUAAGUUUUAGAUAUUGAUAAAGUCAUGUAAAAUUAUAAAUAAAACGCAAUUGAAGCGUUUCUUUAAACUGUAUUAUCAUUAAUUGUCAUUUAUUUACUACAUUUCAUUUACUAAUUGUCGUAUAUAAAUUUAAAUGAUGUCAUUUCACAAAAUUGUAGAUUAAGGCAAAAUAACUUAAUCAAUGUGAUUUCUUACUACCGUAUAAAUAAAAGUAAUGUGACAUUUAAACUCAAAAAAUACAAACAGCGUAAUGAAUAAAUGUAAGUUUCCAUAAAUGAAGUAACGAGCUAUCAGUCCGCAAACACGAUUCAAUAGUUAGCAAGAAAAUGUACAUAAAUUAAUAUUAUUCCCAUAACGAGCUAAUGUUACAUUACUCAUUUUUUACACAAUUCCAAUCAAAUCAAAUCUUUGGGUAGAAUAAAACAAAAUAUGUACGCUAAGUAACAUAAAUUAUAAUACCGUCUGAUUGAAAAAUGUUUAAGACAUUUAGUUAUUAUACAAGAUUUGUAAUAACUAGAGGAGAACUGAAAUAAAUCGGUUAUUUGUAAGUGCAUGGUUGGUGCAUCGUGCAAGGUGCAGUGUGUACUCGUAGUGUGCGAGGCGCGCGGCGCGGCGUGCUCCACACUGCAAGUGGCCCGCGCGGCCGCAAUGACCACAUUACGUCUGGAUGUUUCCAUGAUCUGUCUGUCGCUGAUUUUGUGUUCAAAAUAUUAGUUAAUAAAAAUAACCCUUUUAAGUUUAAUUCUAUU